UGAUGACUGUGGCCCGGUCGUGUAGGAGGUGAAGGGGGAGACCGGGGAAGUGCAGUCAGGAGACACCGGGGACUGCAAGGGAAGACGUAACCGGAGGAAGGUUCGUCCGGGGCAUGGAGUACAGACCUGGUGAGAUCUGAAGUAAAGCGAUGGCUUCGUACAGCGGCAGUGUCGUUCUGGCUUCUCUCAGAUCCCGGAGUUGCCGUCUUGUCCUUCAGAAGAACAGCUGUCCACUCUUCUCCACCUUAUCCCAUCACCAAAAUGGGCACCUGCCCCCCAUGGCGAGAUGCGCGACUCAUACAAAUUUCAUGUACCCAGCCAUCAACAACCGGCAUUUCCACACCUCAGUGUUACAGCUGCAGACCGUACCGCCAUCGACGCCUCCCACCGAAGAGCCUGAGAAGUCACCUCAGGUGAUCCCCAAGUCUCUAGGCCAGAGAGUGGUGGAUGAGAUCAAACACUUUUACCAUGGGUUUCGUCUGCUCUGGAUAGACACCAAAGUGGCUGCUCGCAUGGUGUGGAGGCUGCUCCACGGCCAGAUCCUCACCAGGAGGGAGAGAAGACGGUUAAUGCGGACAUGCGCUGAUCUGUUCCGGCUGGUUCCGUUCAUGGUCUUUGUUAUAGUCCCGUUCAUGGAGUUUCUGCUGCCGGUAUUUCUGAAGCUCUUCCCUGAGAUGUUACCUUCCACCUUCGAAACGGAGUCGAAAAAGGAGGAGAAGAUGAAAAAGAAGCUGGGAGCCAAAUUGGAGAUGGCCAAGUUUCUUCAGGAGACAAUCUCGGAGAUGGCCCGAAGGAACAAGGCAGAGACCGGAGGGGACAGACAGCAGCAGUUUUCUUCCUACGUCCAGCAGGUGCGAGUCACAGGCGAGCAGCCCACCACGCAAGAGAUUGUGCGCUUCUCUAAGCUGUUUGAGGACGAGCUGACCCUGGAGCACCUGGAGAGGUCCCAGCUGGCGGCGCUGUGCCGACUGCUUGAACUGCCACCAAUUGGCACCAAUAACUUAUUACGGUUCCAGCUGCUGAUGACGCUUCGAUCCAUAAAGGCCGAUGACGAGAUGAUCUCAAAAGAAGGAGUGGGCAACCUGACUGUAGCCGAGCUUCAGGCCGCCAGCAGGACGCGAGGUAUGAGGUCUCUGGGUCUCACAGAAGAACAGCUCCGAGAUCAGAUCACGCAGUGGCUGGAUCUCCAUUUAACGGAGAAGGUUCCUCCGUCUCUCCUGCUGCUCUCCAGAGCCCUGUAUCUGACUGAUGUCAAGCCCAAGCCCAUUCUGCCCGUGAAACAGACCGUGGAGGCACCAAAGAGCAGCUCUCCGUCAGCACCGCAUCCAGACUCCAAAGAGACGCUAACGGACCCAGCGCCCGUCUUACAAGACGUGCAGGCGGAGAACAUUACACCAAAAACCCUCAUCCAGGACCCUACACUCCAGGCCAAAGAAAGUGCAAAAGCCAGCGCCAAUGGAGUGUAAGAAGAACCGAGGACGUCUUCGUGUCACUUUACAGAUUGCAAGCGAGAAUAUGGAUGUGUCAGUAAUAAAGAGCUCUCCUCUAGGACCUGCGGUACGGCCUGAGCGGUCGUCACCCAGUGGACUUACGUCUGAGCUGUGGGAUUCUCUACAAAUGCCUCUGGUGCACUGUAAGGCCGUGCUGAAUGCCAGGCUUCUGAUGAUGAAUGAAUGAAAUUCUCGGAGUGCGUACCACGUAGGAACUAUCAGAGUGUGUGGAAAGGCUCGGGGGAUUUAUUUCUUAUUGAUUUAUUUUUAUAGUGUAUUUUAUGAUGAAAGGAUUUGUGAACUUGAAACUGUACCCCAGAAAAAAAAUAUUCCUGCAUGGAAUAGGGACUACUUAGCUCUUAGUCUGAGCUAUAUGCGAAGCCUGUGGAUGUAUCUGCAGCAGCCAUGGCAGUAAUUGAUGCAGCUCCUUCUGCCGCUAAGGGUAGGUACACAUGUAGCAGAUAUGUUGCGGAUGUGCAGAGAAAAUCCGCAUCGUUUUACGUUCACCGCAAGGUGGAUGAGAUCUUAACAGGUCCACGUGGAGAUGCAGUGCAGAUUUUCUUUCCGCAGCAUGAUGAUUCUUUAUAUGGAUUUUUACCUUUUUCAGUGCAUGGGUGAUUUUUUUUUGCCUCACAUACGGAGGCAUUCUAUCACAGCAGGAAAUCCCAGCACAAUCACAAGUCUUGUCAUUUGGCACAGGCUUCGACUUUGGUGCUAGUCAUCUCUUCUCACACUGAAUAAGCUUUAGCAAAUGACUUCAUACUUCUGGCCAAAAAAAGAGGGACUUUUUUUAAACAAAAAAAGUGAAUAUUUUAUCUUGAUCACUCAAUCCUAAUUUCAAAUAUAUGAAUUCAUCUAUUGCCCCUUUUAUAGAGGAUGUGUCCUCUUUCCUGACAUGUCUGUCUUAGUAAUUACCUGUAUUCCCCAUAAAAUAACUAACAUUAUGAAACUUUGUUUUCUUAGAGCUCUGCUUUGUGGAAUUCCUCUGUUAUUCCUCUUGAAAAUGUAUGUAUAAACUGUAUUUUAAAGGGGGUUUUCUGGUAUCUUCAGGAUAGGUCAUCAAUAUCUCAUCGAUGGGGGUCUGGCUCCUGCCACUCCCUCUGAUCAGCAAUGGAAGAGACUGUGGCGCUGUAGUGAGUGUCGUGGCCUCCUCACAGUGUACCAAGCGCACAGCAAGUACAUUGUCUAGUGGCUGUACUUGGUAUUGCAGCUCAGGACCAUUAACUUGAAUGCUCCUAGGCAAUGUGUCUGAUCAAUCUGAGGACACUAGGAAGAGGCUGCGGCGCUGACCAGAGUAUGACCGCUUCUUCAAACAGCUCAUCAAUGGGGUGCUGGGAGGUGGACCCUCACUAAUCAGAUACUGAUGACCUAUGCUGAGGAUAGGCUAUCGUUAUCCAAAUCCCGGACAACCCCUGCGCUGAGCCUGCUCUAUACAUGACGGGUACCGGCUGUAUAAUACAGCUGGCACCCGGCUGCAAUGACCGGGAUCGGUGAUGACAUUGAAACUGGUCACUGAACCCCUCAGGUGGUAUGGUCAAUAGCCAUCCCAGAAUCUGUGAGGUUAAGCACAGGGAAGGGACUCCCUCUGGCUCCCAAUAGGAGCCUCUGCAGGAACAAUUGCGGGGCUCCGAUCGGUUACCAUGACAUUCUGGGUCUUCUGAAGGUUCCCAGGCCUGUUUAUGGUAAAUUGCACAAGGAGUCUCAUAGACCAUCAUAGUUUUCUGUUAUGGUCUAUGGGACAAGAGAUCAGACGAUCUGAGGUUAUAGCCCCCUAAGGGGGAUAAAAAUUAUUGAGUAAAAAGUA